AUGCUCCUGCUUCUCCUUUUGUCACUACAACCUGACGCUACCGCUCAACUCGACGAUUCGACUACCUUCAAGCUAGUACCCACGGGAACAAAAGCGCUACUACACAACGUGGUAGCGCUCGUCGUGCUCCUGGUAGACGACGUCGCGCUCGAGGGAAUCCAUGUCCCGGAUACCCAACCCGGCUCGAACCAGUCGCAGGUCCCCUCGACGAGGAGUCUACUUGUUCGUUGUGGCUUCGUCUUCUCGUUUCUCGCUGGCAAGUUGCCCGGUAACAUGCAGUCGCAGUCUGAUCCGAAGGGCGACAAACGCACCACCGGCGUUUCGGGAAGUGUCUCCACGACCGGCUGCGGUCGAUCUCGUCUGACGUCGUUCUUCGGUGCGACAAGUGCUUGGCUAGGACCGAAUGGUGACAGGUACCAGGUGGUCGGUGGAUGUUAUCAGAGAGGUCUUGCGAGUAGUCGACGUCACGUCAAAGGAGACCGAGGGAAUCUCUUGCCAUCCUUCCUUGCUUGGUGA